GCCGAGUACAUUCUUGCUAGUGCUUCAGUCAAAUUGUCGACAUCAGGCCAAAAUGAACGUUUCGUUUCUUCAUAUAGCGAUUUUGUAUUUCACAUGGGAUUCCGUUACGGCUCGACCACAGUUUCUUCGCAAAGGGCAGCCUACUAAUGACGAUUCCAGUAGGAAUAAACUUUGUCCAAUGCUAGCAACAUCGUUUGGGUCGUCAAGAUGCGGAAGUCAUGAAGACAGAGGUAUAUGCUACUUCAGUAGAAUCAUGCAAAUUACUAGUUCAAAUACCAAACUCCAAAAAUAUUUUAAAUUUUCCAAGAAUAAGCAUAGAAACAAUGUUAUAAAUGCUCGCAUUUUGGAACAAGGUUGCAAGUGUUUUGGGAACUUUGCCGGUAGCAACUGUGGAAGAUGUAAGAAUGGUUUUACUGGUCCGAGAUGCACACAACCCAUCUCGAACGGGUUCAAAAUCAGGAAAACACCAGCAACGCACUACGUUCCAAAGAACACAGAACUACGAUUGUCGAAGAACGUUCAAAGCCAGAUCUACUACAAAAAAGUCAGCCAAGGGGCAACUAAUAGCAUUAGCAAAGAUGGACCACUAAGCCGCGGUAAACGAGAUUUGAGAUAUUCAAACAAAUUACAACAAAAGGUCAGUACUAGCAAGGAACAGAACCGAAAUCUAUCACAAUUUUCUACUAAAGAGGGUCGCAGAACUACGUGGAGAGAAUUGUAUAACAGGUUCCUCGAAUUGACCUCCGAUGUUGCAUCACACACUUGGCAUACGAUCAAAAUGCAUCGAUUCGUUUUCAUUUUCACCCUGUCAGUAACUGUGAUCUGUUUUGCUUCGAUUGGAAUCUCCUGUAUUUAUUCCAGACAGAUACAGCAAGUUCUUAUAUAUAGAAAGCCAGAUGAAUGUAGAAAAAUGGUUUUCAGUGAUGAUAAUGAACAGCUCGGAGAAAGGUAUCCGCUGAUCAAUGAAGAAAAAAGUUAUUGCCCGAAAUCGAUAUGCAUUAAAUAGUUACUGCUUGAGUAUAACUUAGAUAUUUAUUAAUUUUCCUCAACUAGUCAAAUUUGCUUACGAUAAACGAGACCGAUUUCCUUCAAUCUAAUACUAGAAAAGUGAAUACAAAAUUGGGACCAUUUAUUGUGUAUAUCUGGCUUAACACUGAAACAUUAUCAUUAUUGAUUAUUGUUCUUUAUUUAUUGAAUAUAAAUCCUUAUAAUUGUUAUCUAAUUUUGACCGACUUAUAACUGUCGAGUAUAAAUAUUUUUAUAUGAUAUUAUUAACCAUUUUCACACCUUAUUCUGUAUUCACAUUAUUUUGAAAGAUUGAAAAUUUCUGUAAAAUAUUUACUAUAAAAUAAUGUAUUUGAACUAAAAACGUUUUUUCAUAUGUCAUUAUAUGAAGUUCACUGUAAUAGAUGCUAACACAAAUUUUCAUACUUCAUUUGAUCAUUUUUAGAAUUACAAUACUUUUUCUGCUGUAUUCGCAUUCAUUUUUCUAUAACUCGUUGUUGUCAUCUUUCAUUUAUUAUUAUUCAAUAUGAUGUCAUGUGUUCUUGUCGAUCUUCAUAUGUUUAUAAUAUUAUAUAAAACAAAACAACACCUUUUCUUUUUGCGUUUGCCAGGCGAGAUGACAGCUUAUUUGCGAAUCUGCAAUGGGUUCGCAUUCAUUACUAGUUUUAACAUCGCCCAUCCCUGCAUUGUA